AUGGUGGCCAGACUGCCACAGCGCCCGAACCGCGUUCAGAUGGCCACGACGAGCAGGCCGGUGAGGAUGACGGCCGCUAGCUUGGCACAGAGAGCUGGCCACGACGAGCAGGCCGGUGAGGAUGACGGCCGCCAGCUUGGCGCAGAGAGCUUAGAGGUAGAGGCGCUUCUUGAGAGCGGCCAUGAGCGCCACCGGGAGCAGCAGGGCAGUCACCGUGAGCCAGGGGCGGAGACAACCCCUAAUGCACUCACCAGCGAAUCUGCUCCUCCCCCUACAACUGUCGCGAAGCCCAUCCAGAUGCCUGUCAUGACGCACGUCGCUACGGCGGCGGAGGCCAUGGCGGCCAGACUGCCCCAGCGCCCGAACCGCGUCGAGAUGGCCACGACGAGCAGGCUAGUGAGGAUGACGGCCGCUAGCUUGGCGCAGACAGCUGGCCACGACGAGCAGGCCGGUGAGGAUGACGGCCGCCAUCUUGGCACAGAGAGCUUAGAGAUGCUUGAGUCCCUCAGCUGUGUGAGGAGCAGCAACCACCAGAGGAAGCUCACUUUGGUUCCUCUAUUUGCGCUGUCAGAGCUCUGGCUGACUAUCCAAUGUACUCAAAGGCAUAGCAGCUUCAAAGAGCCCGGCUGCCAUGAGACACCCGAGCUGGGAGCAGAGCCGGCCGUGUGA